UGACUCGUAUAUUUUGCGACCGGAAGUAGAAGCGCCGGCUCGUCGCCGCCUCAUCUCAUCUCCGCGGGCUCAAAACAGUCAAACAUCUUGGGGGGAAAAAAACAGAAAACAAACCUCGUGUGUUGAUGUUCCAGCCAAACUGUUUAUAAUGUGAUCCAAUGCUCCUCCAGUCGACUGAGACUCACACAGCAGCUUCUCUUGGUGAGGAGGAAGAGACGUCCUGGUGUUGCAUGUAAGAUCACCAAGUCCACCACUGCUUCUGCACGGGCACUUCAUUAGAGACCACUGUAUGGAUCAAAGGCGAAAAGGUUGCUGACAGCAGACAGACGCUCCCAGCAGCUCCGUCUCACUCCUCCUGGGCUCCUGUGCGAGCCACUCUUUGCUCCACAACCAAAUGAAGCCAACUUCCUCCAUAGAGGACUGUAACACCUGUACCUGGGACUCCUGUGCACCGUGCUGGGCUCCGGUAGCCCACCCAUGCCUGUGAUCCCCAUCCCACGGCGGGUGCGCAGCUUCCAUGGCCCCCACACCACCUGCAUGCACUCGGCCUGCGGGUCGACGCACGCUUCCAAGCUGGUGCGCACCAAGUACAAUAACUUUGACCUCUACCUGCGCUCGCGCUGCAUGUACAGCUUCCUGCGCUUCCUGCUCUACUUUGGCUGCAGCCUGCUGACCUCACUGCUGUGGGUGGCGCUCUCCGUACUCUUCUUCCUGCAGUACGUCAGCGUGCGCGUGCUCCUGCGGCUGCAGUACAAGCUGUCCGUCAUUCUGCUCCUGUUGGGGCACCGGCGCCUGGACUUUGGGGUGCUCAAUGACCUGAUCAUCUACAGCAUGCAGAUCACCAUGUUUCUGGUGGGGGGGCUCGGCUGGUGCUUCAUGGUGUUUGUGGACAUGUAGCUGUGCCCGUGGGAAAUGUAGUAGAUGCUUCAAACUGUAACUAAAGCAUUGUGUGGCGUUGUGGGACAGCAUACGACUUGUCCCGUAGGACUGCUCCGCAUCACUUUCAGCUCUAGUCAAAAAGAUCCCUUUGACGUUAACUCAAAAUCGUAUUGGUUUUGUUUCAGAUAUGGUAGAAUACAAUAAGAGACUUUGUAACAACAGUGUGUACAGUCCCUUUUAAAAAUGUUCUGUAUAACUCUGAGCGAACCGCCCGGUUGCUGAAUAUCAAAAAUGAUGCAUGAAGUCAAAUCUGAAUGUGAGUCAAACUUAGUCAGAGGGUCCAAAUCUUUCCAAUUUCAAUUGUAUUUUCAUGCCAUUUGUAAACCGUUUUAACAAAUUUUGAAAUCUUGACUAGAAACCCAUUUGUUUACAUUUUCAACAAAUGGAAAAUGUAAAUGGAAAAUGUGAAUGUCAAUGUUGCAUGGAAAAGUGACUGAUCAUGUGGAUGAUGUGCAUCAUGGCUGUGUGAUGCAAAGGCGGUCAUUUGUGCCAAAAUAACCCACUCUGAAUGCAGAGUUGUACCAUGCAGGUUGAGAUGAUUCCGGUUAUGUCGUGUGUAAACAAACACUAUAUCAUGUAAAAACAUACAUGUACCACAGAGACAUGGUGACUUAUGGUGGAUAAAAGUGACCAAAAACAAGUGAAUUUGUGUGUGUGUAUAAUGUGGUUUUGUGGCAGGAAAUAGGAGAGUAAGUGACUAACUUUUUUUGUAAAGUUAUUAAAUGCAUUUUCUGUUGAUGAAAUGUUGAAAAUGCUGACUCAUU